CUGCACUGUGGACUGAGUGCCUGCAGGGAGCUGUGAUGGUGCUUCACAGGCGCCCGCGGCUGUUGGAGUUUGCAAAGACCCCCCAACACCUCCGCUUCAACAAAUACGUCCUGACGGGUUACAGGCCGGUGUCCACGGCUCCAGAAUGCCUCCGGAGCCUCUUCUACGUGCACAACGAGCUGGGCAACAUCUACACUCACGGAGUCCCUUUUUUCCUUUUCUUGGUGCUGCUGCCUUUUAGCAUCCCCUGGAUGGAGGUGGACAGCGUGUGGAUCUGUGUGGUCCACUACCUGGCCUGCCUGUGCCCCACCGUGGGCUCCGUCGUCUACCACGUGUUCAUGAACCACGUGGGAGGAGAACACGUGUACGACACCCUGCUCUCGCUGGACAUGUUCGGGGUCUGCCUGGUCAACACCCUGGGUGCACUCCCGAUCAUCCACAUCACCCUCUUUUGCUACCCGGCCACGCGGCAGGCCGCCCUGCUGGCCUACAUCCUGCUGUCGGCGUACGGCAUCUACUGCGCCACCACGGCGCGCACCAACGUCCUGCGCCUGCAGGCCUUCGGCUGGCAGGCCGCCUUCCGCUUCAGCCUCUUCCUGUUCCGGUUGCUGGGCAGCGGCGCGGGGAGCCCCGACUCCCUGCGCCUCUUCGUCAUCAUGGACUCUCUGGCCGUGGUGGGGGGGCUGGUGAACAUCGUGCAGGUGCCGGAGCGCUUCGUCCCGGGGCUGUUUGACAACUGGGGCAACAGCCACCAGAUAAUGCACGUCAUGGUUAUUUGCUCCAUCACUUACCUGCAUUGGGGCACACUGGAGGAUUUAGCCUGGAUUAAGAACUACCAGUGUCCUACUGGGUGAGGCGGAGGGUGUGUGCACACUGAUAUUAAUGAGAUUUAGAGCACAAAGAGAGCCAAGUUGAUUUU